GAUUGAUGAUCAGUUUAUAAAAUCUGACAAAAUCUCGAGGACCUGCAGUUCCCAUUUUUCGCCAGCUCUGAGUCCUGGCUGAGACUGGAAGAACAGCCAGCGCUGAAACAAGCGAGGCGAGUGGGAUCAUACGAGCCUCCGCCCAGCAAGCUGCGGGAAGCAGGAAUUCCACGUAAACAACGGCUGAAGACAUGACGGAUAAUAUCGCUUUACAGCCCGUCAGACACAAAAAGAGACACGACAAUAAGCAUAGAAACAGUUGCUGCCCCUGGUCGCGAUGUUGUGGGAUGAGGGAUUUCAAACCUCGGACAGUCUGGCUGGGUCACCCAGAGAAAAGAAACCAGAGAUAUCCUCGCAAUGUCAUCAACAAUCAGAAGUACAACUUCUUCACAUUCCUCCCUGGGGUGUUGUUCAAUCAGUUCAAGUACUUCUUCAACCUGUACUUCCUCCUGCUGGCUUGCUCCCAGUUUGUUCCUGAAUUGAGACUGGGAGCGCUGUAUACAUACUGGGUUCCUCUGGGCUUUGUGCUGAUCGUCACAAUCGGGCGUGAGGCAGUGGAGGAGAUCCGAUGUUUCAUCAGGGACAAGGAAGUAAACUCCCAGAUCUACAGCAAGCUUUCUACAAGAGGCACUGUGAAGGUCAAGAGCAGCGGUAUUCAAGUUGGAGAUCUGAUUAUUGUAGAAAAGAAUCAACGAGUUCCUGCUGAUAUGAUCUUUCUGAGGACGUCCGAAAAAAAUGGGUCUUGUUUCUUACGCACGGAUCAGCUGGACGGUGAGACUGACUGGAAGCUGAGGUUACCGGUGGCUUGCACUCAAAGGCUACCCACAGCAGCGGACCUUCUCCAGAGCCGCUCAUUUGUUUAUGCAGAGGAGCCAAAUAUUGACAUUCACAAUUUCAUUGGGACCUUUACCAGAGAGGAUGGGGACCCUCCAGUGAAUGAGAGCCUCAGUAUUGAGAACGCCCUGUGGGCCAACACGGUGAUUGCCUCUGGUACGGUUGUGGGAGUGGUGAUUUACACAGGGAAGGAGCUGCGUAGUGUGAUGAACACGUCAAACCCCAGAAACAAGAUUGGCCUGUUUGACCUGGAAGUGAACUGCUUGACAAAGAUCCUGUUCGGCGCAUUGGUGGUGGUUUCUCUGGUCAUGGUGGCCCUACAGCACUUCGCAGGACGUUGGUAUCUCCAGAUCCUUCGCUUCAUUCUCCUCUUCUCAAACAUUGUUCCUAUCAGUUUACGAGUGAACCUGGACAUGGGAAAGAUGGUCUAUAGCUGGAUGAUCCGGCGGGAUUCCAAGAUUCCCGGGACUGUGGUAAAAGCCAGCACCAUUCCUGAGCAGCUGGGGAGGAUUUCCUAUCUCCUGACAGAUAAAACAGGGACCCUCACUCAGAACGAGAUGGUGUUUAGACGUCUCCACCUGGGGACUGUGGCCUAUGGAAUGGAUUCAAUGGAUGAAGUGCAAAGCCAUGUUUUCAGUGCGUAUACACAGCCUUCGCAUGAUCUGCCAGCUUCCAGAGCCCCGGCAGCUACGAAAGUGCGUAAAAGCAUCAGCAGCCGGGUUCACGACGCGGUGAAAGCCAUUGCCCUGUGCCACAACGUCACCCCCGUGUACGAGUCCAACGGGGUCACUGACCAGGCUGAAGCAGAGCAGCACUAUGAAGAUGCCUGCAGGGUCUACCAGGCCUCCAGCCCAGACGAGGUAGCCCUGGUACAGUGGACUGAGAGUGUGGGUCUAACACUUGUAGGCCGGGAUCAGGCUUCCAUGCAGCUGAGGACCCCUGGUGGCCAGAUUUUGAAUUUCACCAUCCUGCAGAUUUUCCCCUUCACAUAUGAAAGCAGACGCAUGGGAAUUAUUGUCAGGGAUGACUCCAGCGGAGAGAUUGCUUUUUACAUGAAGGGGGCUGACGUUGUCAUGGCUGGCAUUGUCCAGUACAACGACUGGCUGGAAGAGGAGUGUGGCAACAUGGCGAGAGAAGGACUCAGAGUUUUGGUGGUGGCGAAGAAAUUGCUGUCUGAAGAGCAGUAUCAGGAUUUUGAGGCCCGGUAUGUUCAGGCCAAGCUGAGUGUGCACGACCGCUCUCUGAAGGUUGCCACGGUGAUCGAGAGCCUGGAGAUGGAGAUGGAGCUGCUGUGUCUGACUGGGGUGGAGGACCAGCUACAGACAGACGUGAGACCCACCCUGGAGACACUGCGCAACGCUGGCAUCAAGGUGUGGAUGCUGACAGGGGACAAACUUGAAACAGCAACGUGUACUGCAAAGAAUGCACAUCUUGUUACAAGGACCCAAGAUAUUCAUGUAUUCAGACAGGUGACCACGCGAGGUGAAGCCCAUUUGGAGCUGAAUGCCUUCCGAAGAAAGCAUGACUGUGCCCUGGUUAUAUCGGGUGACUCUCUAGAGGUUUGUCUGAAGUUCUACGAAUAUGAAUUCAUGGAGCUGGCCUGUCAGUGCCCCACUGUGGUUUGCUGCCGAUGUGCCCCCACUCAGAAGGCCCAGAUUGUCCGACUACUGCAGCAGCGCACUGGCAAGCUCACCUGUGCAGUCGGGGAUGGAGGAAAUGAUGUCAGUAUGAUCCAGGAAGCAGACUGUGGCGUUGGAGUGGAAGGCAAAGAAGGAAAGCAGGCGUCCUUGGCUGCUGAUUUUUCUGUCACUGAGUUCAAACACUUGGGCAGGUUGCUGAUGGUCCACGGGAGAAACAGCUACAAGAGAUCAGCAGCCCUCAGUCAGUUUGUGAUUCACAGGAGUCUCUGCAUCAGCACAAUGCAGGCUGUCUUUUCUUCAGUCUUCUACUUCGCCUCAAUUCCUCUGUACCAGGGUUUCCUCAUUAUAGGGUACUCAACUCUGUACACCAUGUUCCCAGUGUUCUCCCUGGUUUUAGACAAGGAUGUCAAGUCAGAGGUGGCCAUGUUGUAUCCUGAGCUCUACAAGGACCUUCUCAAGGGUCGUCCUCUUUCUUUCAAGACAUUUUUACUGUGGGUUUUAAUAAGCAUCUAUCAAGGCAGUAUUAUAAUGUACGGAGCGCUGCUCUUGUUUGAGUCGGAGUUUGUCCACGUCGUUGCCAUCUCCUUCACCUCUCUGAUCCUCACGGAGCUGCUGAUGGUGGCUCUCACCAUCCAGACCUGGCACUGGCUCAUGAUCGUGGCAGAGCUGCUCAGCCUUGCCUGCUACAUCGCCUCCCUCGUCUUCUUGCACGAAUUCAUUGAUGUCUACUUUCUCACCACGUUGUCGUUUCUGUGGAAGGUGACUGUCAUCACUCUUGUGAGCUGUCUACCUCUUUACAUCCUGAAAUACCUACGAAGAAGAUUCUCUCCUCCGAGCUACUCCAAGCUUACCUCAUAAACACUGACCCAGCACGGAGUACUGAUUUUACAAGACGGUAAAGCCCAUGGUCUCGUUGGAUCAGAUUUAACAUGUGAAAGCUGUGCUUGACUACUGCUGACAGUGCUAUAAUAAUCAUGCAUUGGUGAUCUUCAAAAUGUGGUUUCAGAUUUACAGUAAAUGGAACAGCACAUGCAAACACACCAAUGUAAGGCCCUGGUGAGAGUAAUAUAUGAUAGCUAUAUGAUGUCUUGUGCCAUUUUUAUACACGUCUGUGGUACAAAUGUAAUGCAUACAAAUAAAAGCUGCUAUAUUUAUAACAACAUGAGGUUCUAGGAUAUCUGAGGCUCUAAAUACAGUACACUGUAAUGCCUCCAGUUAGCACUUAUCACUGGUCCCAUCUUACUGAUCUGUUGUGUUUUACUUAAGUAUAUUUCUAUCUAUCUUGUAUGUUUAGAAGUGUUCAGUGGAUACCUCUCAUCCACUUGAAGGAAUAUUUCGCACACUGUUUGCUGUGCCAGGCCUCUCUGUCAUGCUACUUGAUUAGAGGUAGCCAGCGAACAUAUUUCAAAGCAUAUUUAUUACAAGUCAUUCAUUCUAAAUAAAAAAAAAAAACAGAAGAACCCCUUGGUAGUAACAUACUUCACCUGGUUUUUGUGUAGAACCUGUUGUGGUUUCAACAUUUGCAACGCUUUGUGGUUGACACAGUCUGAGAGCUACACUCUCAGUGAUAUUGUAAGUGGAGAUACUGCUGAUAGGUUCCAGUGGGGAUUUGACUUUCAACAGCUAAUAAGUGGUAAGAAAAUGGAUUUUAAAGCCUUGGUUAUCACCUAAAGAGUAGCUUGGUAUGGGGGUUCAUGCUAUUUCUGUUUUUUUGUUUAGAUUCCCUUUGUGUAUCUUUUCCGUUUCAGCCGUCACAGCUCAGAAGUUGCAUUGUGUUUAGUUGUUGCCUCAGCAGAGCUCUCACACAUGCCUUCUCUCUAACUGUAACCACUAAUUUCAUUUCUGUGAAUUGAAACAAGAAGGAAAUGACACAAGUUAAGACAGCUGGGAUAUGUCAGACCCCACUAAGUCGCUCUUUAAGAGAUCUUUACAGCUGUUGCAUUCAAAACACUGAUGUACAAUAGGUUGGUCGGUUCAGCAGUACUCAGUUUACAUACAGAACAGAUUAAACGAAUCCCUUGCCCCUCCACACUAUGAAUUAUAUUGAAUGUGAUUGCCCAAGCAGAACCCGUUCCGCUGAAGAAUCGGUUGCUAUGUAGACAAACGGGUGUUGUGAUGUCACAAUUUAAGCUGAUUUUAAAACAGAAUGCUGGUGUAUUUCAUUAUGUAACAAACCUUAACGCUAAACAAAGUAAUACAGUUUUCUACUUCUGUUACUUUCCGAUGCUUCCUGAAACAGAAUCAUCAUUGUGCUUUUGUUUAGUUUUAAAGUAGCUUGUGUUUUGGUUGGUGAAAAUUGGACUGUCGUGGUUUUGAAUCUGGGCAGAAGCUGUGAUUUUCCUUCAGACAGCCUGAAGCCUUCUUUCAUGAUGUAAGAACGGUUAAACUAAAGGGUACAUAUCAUUUUAAUAUUUAUUUAUUUGUUUGGUAUCGAUUUGUGUUCCUUUUUAAUAACAGUACAAUUACAAAUAAACUACUUAAAUUCAGCUUGGUGUUCAUGAAUAUCUGGAAUGUACUCUUAAUGCAUAUUUAUUUCAUAAGAAUUCAGUUACCAAGUAAUUUCCGUAUUGUUUUUAGAUCAAAUAAAUCGCUAUCCUUUACCUUGUAUGGAGUUUUCAAUGACCAUAAAUAAAUUCUUGAGUUCUGUAUUGAAAUUUUAUUAUUUUCUGCAGUGCCUUGCUUUGACCUUUCUAGAAGUAGUAUAUGCGCACGGGCAUUGUCUUUACUUCCUGAUUCCAGAGCAGUCCUGUGCAACUUUUUGACCUUUUGGCUCUCUUGGCUCCGCCUACCACAGAACAGGCAGAGCCAGAUUAAAGGUAGCAGUCUAGUAAAGGCAAUGACCAAGCGGCUAGGAUUCUUCAAGCAAGAUGAAAGUCUGCGAGAAACAUUUUAUAAAUCUUUUAAAACAAAACUACAGCAGUGACACCCGCCGUGCAUGAUCAUAGAGAGAAGCAAUGGGUCUGUUGUAAAAGAUAGACUGUGUGCUUUGAUCAGUCUCAAAGGUCUAAACAGAGUCAACUUUGGAUCAGGACUCUGUUUUUCUUACAAAACUAUGAGACUGCACUAGAAUAGUCUAGAGAGCACCUACACUGUUAUCAGUAUUAGAGCUUGAAUAUUGCGAAUGGACAGUCCAUCUCAGUGCCUCUUUCUACAAGUAUUUUAAGAGUUUGGUUCAUUGUCUUCUAGUCACAAUAGUUUACACUAAACAGACACUUGCAUAUAUUUGUAUCAUGUUAAAAACAUGUACCAUAAACCAUUAAACUGAACUGUUAACACUGUCAAUCUCUGUUAAACUGAAGUGUUAACACUGUCAAUCUCAAUUCAACUGAACUAUUAACAUUGUCAAUCUCAAUCUACCGUGGUCUAUAACUUCCAGACUACGUUUGGUAUGUGGGGCAAACUCACUUAUUGCAGGUAUUGCUUUAUGAUGCGUGACUGUGAAACAACCAUAGUUAGCAAUGGCACCAUAGUUUACCCUGUAUGAGUCUGUAACUGUUGGUGGUGAAAGCAUGGAAGAAUUCCAGAAUUCAUGUACAGAUCAUCUAAAGUAAACAUCGGUACAUUUUAAAUGCCUUCCAUGGUGAACCAAUGUCGUUGUAACUUAAGAGUGAUCCAUAAAAGGGAAAUGCUUUUAGCCAGAUUUGAUCUAGUACUUUUAUUUUCCUAUUCUUUCACGUCUUUCUGAGCAGUUGUUUUAAACCCUUUUCCUAACACUUGUUGGCCCUUCUCUUUCUGGGUGUUGCCGGCCCACAGUUGCAGGGCUUGGUUCAGAAAGGGGAGGCCCCCUAGAGGUGUACCAGUAAGGGGCCUAUAGUACUCCUUGCCCAUAUAUUGUUCAUUGAUUGGGUGUGUGUGUUCAGAAAUGUACUGAAGUCUAAAGCUCAAACAUUGUAUUUGUCUGAAUGACUUUCUUGUGAUGCCCAGUUUUUUUGUGCCCCGCUGUGAAGUAAUCAAACUAGAUGUACAUAUUCUUUUCAAAGCUUGGUUAAUGUUUCUGCUUGUGCUGAUGUAUGUUCCAUACCAAACAUUUUAAGAACAAAAAAAAAAAAAAAAGUGAAAGGUUGUAUUAACAAAUAACAGUUCUAAUAAAAUAAAUGUUGUUUCUUGUCUCUA